AUGUUCCAGAGAGAAUUUGCUCUCCAUUUGGUUGCAAAACCAGGAGACAAGCUAUACAGCAGACUUUCCAUUAAUACCCAGUUAUUAGCACGAGUGGAUCAUCUGAUGAAAGUUGGGAAGAAUAACUUCAGACUUCCACCAAAAGUUGAGUCAAGUGUGGUAAGGAUAGAACCUCAGAACCCACCACCACCUAUCAAUUUCCAGGAAUGGGAUGGUCUAGUGAGGAUAACAUUUGUGAGGAAAAACAAGACUCUGUCUGCCACGUUUAAGUCAAGUGCUGUGCAACAGCUUUUGGAAAAAAAUUACCGAAUUCACUGUUCAGUCCAUAAUAUUGCAAUACCAGAAGAUUUCGGCAUUGCAGAUAAAAUACAGAAAAUCCUAACGGAUACAGGUUUUAGUGACAAACAGGCCCGUUCCAUGGACAUAGAUGACUUCAUUAGAUUGCUACAUGGAUUCAAUGCGGAAGGCAUCCAUUUUUCUUAGGCAGAUUAAAAAGAGGAUAUUCCAUACUUAACAAGAAACUGUAAUUUUACUUUCUUGG